AUGCUAGUUGUUGAUAUGGGUGGACAUGGACGUGCUUUAGAAGUAUUACAAAAUUCACUACAUAACAGAGAUAUUGACAAUUUAGAUAGUAAAAGUCGUAGAGGAUAUUUGACUUGUCCUUAUAUUUGGAUAUGGAUGACAGCACACUUCACAAAUGACCCCACAGGAUUGCACAAUAAAUGGAUUUUAUUAGGAGAGCUUUAUAAUGGUGCAAGACAUUCAUUUGGUGAUGCUGGGAAAUAUUGCAUAACAAAUGCACCUAAUGCACAAACUGAUGAUUUUGUUUGUGGGAUACGUACCAAUAAAGAUAAAACAGAUGAGUAUGUGAGUGAGGUUCAUCAAUGUAACUUGUUGAAGAAACGUUCAGUUAACCAAAAAAUAUAUAUGGAAAAACAUGAAAAUACAGCAGCAGAUGAUGACAUAUUAUAUUGUACGCUUGUGGAGAAUCUAAGUAAACGCCCAUUUAAAGAUUUAGAUGAUUGUGAAUCCAGAACAAAAAUCCCUCGAACAUUACUUGAACAGUUUCAGUUAAGGUAG